UACACUCACUGAGGUAUUGCUCGCAAAAUAAUCAGCGGAGGUGAAACCGCCAAGUUCUCCCUGGAGGGCGUUUGGACGCAGCUCGCCGCGCGCACGGGGCAAUUCGUCACGCGCACGGGCCGCGUUUUCAUUAUUUCAUAAGACAAGACAAGCAUGACGAGUUGUGGAUGCUUCUCUGGCGCUCUCGCGUUCUUUUUUGCUUUUAUUUUCUUUCCUUUCUAUGAAUCACGCGUUGCAGAUAAAUUGGCGCACAUUUUUUCUUUUUCUUUUUUUUUGUAGUUGUGCGUAAGGAUUUCGCAAUAGAAAUGGUGGAUAUGAGACAGACACACACAGAGAAAGAGGGUUAAAGAGAGAGAGAGAGGGGAGAGAGAGGGAGUGAGAGAGAGAGAGAGUCGGGGAUUUCGCUGUAAUCAUGUUCGAAGAGUAUUGAUUCCGUGAACGCACUCCAAUUGGCAGCAUCUCUACUAUAUAGUACAGCGCCGGCGCGUCAUCCUCGGCUCACAUCGACGGGAGCGAGUUGUAAGCAAAUGAGAACAUGUGUGGCAUCUGAGAGAGAGAGUGUGAGAGGAAAGGAGCAAGAAAGGAGGUGUGAGAAAAGCCAAUUUUCUCGUCCUUGACAACUGGAUGCGAGAUUUGAUUGCCGGGCUAUAUUUUUUUCCCCUUCUUCUUUAUAUAAAUAUCUGUAUUUUUUUUUCUUCUUCUUCUUCCAUCCAAGGAAAUGAUCGAUUCGUCACAUGCGCACGCCUCUUCAUUAUAAUUGCAGACAGUUGGGGUGCUGUUCAGGCUGAAUGGACUUGAAUAUGUCGCUGCCAGCGUAAUCCGCGCAGACUGGAAGAUUUAAUAAUUCACGAGGAUUUAUCGACGGCCGCGUUUGCUCCCUUAUCUGAAAUAUCAUCUGUUGCUGCAACUGGAAUGAAAAGCCCCCAUGGCUGGCUGAGGAACGCUCGAGACUUAGUGUAAUAGGAUGAAAUGGAUUGAAUAAGACAGAUUUUUUUCCCCCCAAUAACAUGGUACUCUAGUUAAAAUGGACAAGAAAUUGCUGUUAUUUUUAUUACUUCUCUUAUCUCUACACACAAGGUUGUGAGUUUUUUUUCUUUUUUGAUUCACGAUGAUUGUCCUACUCCAGUGAAUUGGCUCUGAUUGAUUCUGACUGAGCUUAAUAGGCAUAUCACAAAGCAGAUUCCAGCGUGAAGUGCUGCUGAAGACAGUUUUGUCCCUUCUUUUUUUUAUUUUUAUUUUUUUUAAAUAGAUUUCCUGCUGAAGGGAUAAAUGUUGAUGAUGGAGGACGACGAACUGGACGCUCAUCAGGUUGAUCCGGAUUUCGAGCCGCAGAGCCGGCCUCGUUCGUGCACCUGGCCGCUGCCGUGCCCCGAGGAUUUCCCCGGCGGACAAGAGGUGAGCGGGGGUCUCCCGCUGGCCGGCAUCAAGGUGGAGCCGGAGGACGUCCCGGCGUGCAGAGCCGGACUCUCGGGCGGCAAUCCGGCGGAGCUGCAGCACCCGACCGGCGCCCCGGCACCCACGGGCGCGACGCACCCGUGCCUGGCCGGCGCGGCGCUCGACGUGACCGGCUCCCUGCGCAAAGCCAAGUCCUCUCGGCGGAACGCGUGGGGGAACCAGUCCUACGCGGAUCUCAUUACCCGCGCCAUCGAAAGCACCCCGGAGAAGAGGCUCACGCUGUCACAGAUCUACGACUGGAUGGUCCGUUAUGUGCCCUAUUUCAAGGAUAAAGGCGACAGCAACAGCUCAGCUGGCUGGAAGAACUCGAUUCGACACAACCUUUCCCUCCACACCCGAUUUAUCCGGGUGCAAAAUGAAGGGACGGGGAAGAGUUCCUGGUGGAUGCUCAACCCAGAUGGCGGAAAGAUGGGCAAAGCCCCAAGGCGACGGGCAGUCUCCAUGGACAACAGCACUAAAUACCUAAAAAGCAAAGGCAGGGUCAGAGGCAAGAGGGUAGGUCGUCCUGGGAUUGGAGCAGGACCUGCUGUAGGAGGCCUUCAAAGCUCCCCAGACCAUGGCAGCCCAUCACAGAAAGUCCUCCCUGGACCGGGAGGUGCAUCUGGGACGGAUGGAGAAUUUGAAGCUUGGACUGACCUCCAUUCCAGGGCUAGUUCAUCAGCCUCCACCUUAAGUGGGCGCCUCUCACCGAUCCUUGCUGAAGGAGAACCAGAAGAACCAGAGGAAGGUGGCCUGUCCUGUUCUGCCUCCCCCCACCUUUAUCCAUCACCAACCAGUGCCCGUUCUCCGUCUAUGGGGGCAGGAAAUCACUGUCCUCCGCUUGAGCAGCUGCCUCAACUGGCUAACUUAGCAGGUGCUAUAAGUUUGGAUGAGCAAAUGAUGGAGGAUGGUUAUCAUCAUCAUUGUCCACCGCAACAUCAACAGCAUCCUGCUGUUGGCAGGAAUAAGCACCCAACUCCCGUGUAUCACUACAACUCUGGAAUGAAGGGGCAGGUCUCUUAUGGUGCAGGAGUUUACAAUACAACAGGAAUGGGUAUACUCCGUCACCACUCACCAAUGCAGACCAUUCAGGAAAACAAGGCUACCAGUUUUUCUGGAACCAUGCGGGCGUACUCAAGUACAAACGCGCUGCAAAGUCUACUGACAGGAGGUUCUGCUGUGCAGCAGUACUGUUCAAAGGACCUGAUGCUGGGACAGGAGCGGGAAAGCCAUCCUAUGAUGGGCCAAGCUAGCAAUGGAGUAGGAUCCAACCACCACAGCCACCAUCCGGUGCACCACAAUGGAAUUCAUAACCAUAACAGAACUCACAACCAUACUCCUGGUCAUAAUCACAACAGUGUAAGCAACCACAAUCCACCUCACAGCCUUGUUCACAAUGGUCACGGUCUCAGCCGGAGCCAUACCCAAACACCUCCCCGAGCCGCAGCGCUAACCCCUUGUGGAAACAGCAAUCACUUACAGACUUACAAUCACAAAGCUCCCUACUUGUACAGCCCCCCAUCCCAUGCUCACCUUCCGGCUUCUACAACCCUCCCCCCAAACCCAGCAGGUAUGCUUGGCAUGCCUCAGGACUCCUGUCACGUGGCUUCUACCCCACACCCCCGUCACAAUCAUUACCCAGACUCACAGCACCAGGGCUUGACUAAUGGACCCUACCAUCAUGGCCAGGGGAUGGGUAAUGGCAGUGUUGGUAAUAGCUACCACAGCUAUCACCAGCCAUACCCCCAUGACAGAUUACCAGCUGACUUAGACAUUGAUAUGUUCCAUGGUAGCUUGGACUGUGAUGUGGAGUCCAUCCUCCUACAUGACAUUAUGGACUCAGGGGAGGAAAUGGAUUUUAAUUUUGACUGCUCCCUCGCUCAGGGGGUUGGGAUUGGCAUGGGGAUGGGAAUGGGUGUGACUAUGGGCAUGGGAAUGGGAAUGAGCGGUCUGGCUGGUCCACAGCAGGCACACAGCAACCAGAGCUGGGUGCCGGGCUGAACCCAGGAACAAAAAUCUCCAGGACUGCUAUCCAGCUCACGAAGCACUGUGCCCAACAAUGACAUUUGUGAAUCUGAACAAAGCCUAAAGGACCAAGCACCCCCCCCCUCCCCAUGUCUUCUUUGUUGUCUUGACAAUUACUCUAUCACCCCUGCUCUUUUUAUCCCCUUCUUACUGAGAGAUCUAGUUCAUGUCAGAUUAAUUUUUUUUUCUUGAAUCAGCUGUACUGUGAUGACAAUCUCUCAGCUGUGCUUGGCCGGCAUCGCUUCUCAUUUACCAUGAGAACUGAACUCUGAAUGCACUUUAUCGCAAGUGGGUCACAUCUCACGGUGCAAUGCCUUCGCAGAGCAGCUCAGGCAGAGCUUGACUUGUUUUCUAAGGUGGAUGCAGCAUUUGACAGGAACAAACAAGGAACACAACUAAUAAAAGCGUCAGAAGUAGGAAUUAAAUAACUGGAUUUUUUUUUCUGGUGUGGCAAGGACUAAUUAACGUACAAAUUUUUAGUCGCGUUGAUUGAAUGCUUGAUUACGCUGAUUCUGUUCUAGGGUUGAACACUUCCUCUAAUAUGGAGUAAUUUCUUACCAAAUUUAAAUGAUCAGUUCUGACAGAAUAAUUUAUUGAAGUUUUGUGUUAUAGUUACUCUGGAUUUAUAAAUUUGACUUCCUUUUACCUGCUAGCAUUUUCUUUCAAAUAAAUAAAUACAUUCACGUAUUCAUAGGUUCCCAUUGAUUGUCUUUCUGCAGCCACGUUAUUUUUCUAUAUCCGUAUUUGGUCCUUGGAGAUUUGACAUUUCUCUGGAAUGUCACACACUGCAAAGACCUCAUUGCUAUUGGUUACAAAGACUGUCAUCAUGUCAUUAAAUGCAUGCCAUCAUUAGUGGCUUGCACGCAAUUUGGCGAAUUAAAAAAGUCAUAUCACCUUCCUUCACCUGGGCUUUUUGUACCAGUGAUUCCACCCUCCCCCCCACUCGGUCUGGUGGUGCAGACAAAGUGACCAUUCUUCACAGCAAGCCAUUAAUGUGGCUUGAUUGAAAUUCAGCAUCUUGCUUUUAAUCUCCAAAGUGAUGCAGAGGCAAUGUGUCAUUAUUGAGAAUUUAACGUGUUGUCCUUCCUUGCUCACCCCCGGCUGUCUUUAGCAUAAUGCACCAGGAGCGUUGAGACAAAACGGUGAUUAACUUUAUGUCACUCUGCCUGCCGUCCUGCUCUCAGAAGCGCCAAUGUCACUGUCCGCUUUCCCGCUCAAAGAGGGUAAAUAAUAGAGAGAACAAAGCCCGUUGUUCCAGUGGGAUCAGUCUGUCUCAGUUUUUUAUGCUCUUUGGAUCAAUGUGUCUGAAAACAAGUGGUGUACUCACAUCGUAAAUCAUCUCCAUUAUCUGUGUUAUGUUCCUAUGUUUUCAGAUCUGAUAACCUGCCGUUCAGGUUCUCAAACAGGUGCAAAGGGGAUUAUUUAAAGGGAUAGGUGCGGAUUUUUGAAGUUAGGUUCUGUUAAAAGGCGAAUUAGCUGCUCGUAUCACACAUGCUGUAUAGAACUGUCUUAGCGUGGUCCUUUAGUAUAAAUCAAGAUUAGUGUGUCCCAGAGGCUACAGCUAAUUUUUUUAGUCCAGAGUGGGCUUCUUCUGAUUUAAAAGCAAAACUUUUAUCUCAAAAAUAUCAAAAUGGGUUAUGCAUACCCUAUUUUAUGAACCUUUAAACUAUCGUCACAUUUGCAUUUGGCAGUUCGUUCCAUAAAGGUUGAUGGUGUUUACCAAAUAAAAUGAUGGUAGACCAAGAUAUUAAAAAAACCAUAACAAAAUUUUCAGGAGUUUUAUUAUAUUCACAUAAAAUAUAAUGGAGUGAGGUGAAGGUAGGGUACAAUUUAAAUUAAAAUUAUUUUUUUUUUUAAGUUGUCCCGGCCAAGAUGCCAACAACACAUCAUACUAAUUGCAGGGAGAAAAGAUAAAUUAUAAAUAAUAAACAAAAAUUCAUAAUUGGUCAAUAACUUGGUAUGUCAGAAUAUUGCCAAUAACUUCCAAGUAAUCAAAUAGUUAUUAUUGAGAAUAAAAUGAUGCAACUCACCGAUGUGUGUAAAAAAUAUGCAUAUCAGAUAUUUCAGGCUAGGCUCGCUCCAUCAAGGGUCCAGCUGAUGGCUUAAAGGUUCAUAAAAGCAACGUUCUUAGACUAGAUGGUCGUGCCCAGUAUCAACUAAUCUGGAUUUGAACUAACUGAAGACACAGAGUUAAUGUUGUACUGGUAAGACAUUAACUGCUUAUAACAGAGCCACAUUUAAAAGUCUGACUAUGUCUUUAAAAAAAACAAGCAGCCAGUCUGACUCGUUGAAAUAUAAGACGAGGUGGAAAUGCCACACAGUCAUCCACAUCUAGAUUUUGUAUGUUUAUUCUGUUGUCUUGUAGUUGUUGUAUUUUCUGAAAAUCCAAGGGGCCGCCGACGACAGGACUUGAAAUGUCAUAGUGUAAGAAUUGAAUCCAUUGGUGAAACCAUGUUGGUGUAGUGCAGUAUGACCUUCUUCCUGAGAUCCAAUGCCAUGCACCCCUCCCAUAUGUGUUCUGCUCCGUCAUUUUGUUGGUGAGGGGUGUGUCUGCAGCUUAUUUUACCACUGGCCUUGGGAAAGCUUGAAAAAUAGGAGCCCCCCCAUUCUCCAGAUCCCUCAAGAAGACCCUCCACUCAGCUCCACAGUCACACAAAGGAAAAAAAAGACAGAUUGUAGGGGGUUGGCAGAUUGAGUGGGGGUUAUUUUUACAGCCAAAGGUCAAGCAUGGCACAGACUAUCAGGCCCAUUAUUGAGGUAAAUUACAUUUAGUUCAGGCAUUUUAGUUGCGCUGGUUCCAUUUAAUCUUUGUGGAAAAUGCGUAGAAUUUUAUAAGUACUCCGACCUCAAGAAGCAGUCAUGUUCUAUGCUACAGACGUUUAGCAAUCCCCUGCUAUUGGAAAGAGAGCUAUAUAUGAUGUCUAAUUUUCUUAUAUUUAUUUAUGAAAGAGGUUCGUCUUUGUCAUUCCUAAUUGUGAUAGUUGUAUGAGUCCAAUGUUUAUCCCUGUUAUUCUUUUUGUUUUCUUUUUUAAAGCUGACCCUCUCCUUUUGCCAGUUUUACUGACUUUUAUUUUGUAAAAAAAUCUAAAUAUAUAAAUAUAUAUAUAAUGUACAAUAGUUUUUAAGAAUCUCAAAAGAUUAUCAGUUUGCUGUCUAUUUCUUUUUUUUAAGAGAAUGUAUCUCAUCAUCUGGUGACUGUUAAAUAAAUGAAAUUUAAAGGAA